GUGUAUAUAUAGAGUUGUUAACCGUUUCCUAUCGCAGGCCGGAACGAACAAAAUGUCGUUUCCUACCGUGUUAUUUAGGGCAAUCAAGAGCCAGCGCAUUCGUGACUUCUGUACCACUUGUCAUUGUCAAACCCCUUGCAAAGCUGGAGGCCCUCCAUUGUCGUCAUCCGCCAUUGCUGUUGAAAAGACAAAACCCAGGGGUGCUGGGAUUGGAAUGAGGUCUCGCACACGGUCAAUGCCAGAUAUAACGCCCAAGCUGCGAGGAGCUACGAAUGAGAUGAUGCGGUAUCUACAAAAUGACUCAACGUGGGAACAACAGGAGGGUAAAGGAUUGAAUUUAUUAGACAAGACAGAUAGACCAGUACAUAGAGUCAAGAGUGACAACACAGGCGUAAAUAGACGAGAGGUUUCAUGGGAUGUGAUGAAGACGAGGAGACCUCCAGAGGGGAAGCUUAGACCAGCAACAAGAAUAUCUUCGUCAUGGGAAGAGAAAGCGAAGGGUAAACGAGUCGUGUCCAUAGGCAUCGACAUGGAAACUGCGUUGCCUAAGAUAUUCGCAACCAAAACUCCUAUCUAUCGAUCACCGGGGCUCUCAAUACGUGCAUUCCCCGCUCAUCUACUACCGCCUCGGCCGGCACCGCCAUUUCCACCAGAUCUGGUUUCCAAGACUAGACACGAGAACCCAUGUGUCUACUUAUCCAUUAUCACCAGCAAAAAUCAGGUCUCGAAGUUAGCCGUGGAACGUAAUAGGGUUCGCCGACGAGUGAAAGCAGCAUGGGACCAUGUGAUUAAUGACGGCAGGGAAGGCUGGCGGCUCGUAUCUCCAGAUUACGCUUACAUCGUUUCGGUGAAUGGGGAGCUGCAUGACGCGGAAUUUGAGUCGAUUGUUCAGGGAGUGGCGACAGGGCUGCGCUUUUUGCAACAGAAGAGGCCGAAGGAGGUGGGUGGACGGAGUGGAAGUGGCAUGGUACCGGAGCCUAAAUUCAUACCCAGAAUAAUGCUACAGACUGAGGGAAUAGACAGAGAGAUCCCUGGGGAUGUUUAGGCGAUGCAUGUAUGCACUUUUCCCUG